AUGGGGACGAGGCUGCUGGGAGCCACCCUUCUCCUGUCCCUGGUGGAUGCCCUGCAGGCCUUUGCCAUUGAGAAGAAAGGGGAUGUGUUCAAGAAGACGGCGUGUCCUGCCUUCCUGCUAUUCGAGAGCGUCGCGUACUUGGCGGACAUGACCUUCGAGCUGCCCUGCAAGUGCAAGCCCGAGGAGACCUCCUCUGUGGUCUGGUACUUCCAGAAGAACCUGCACAGCCACGAAACCACGGUGCUGACAGACUUCAACGGCACCGUGAUUGUGGACUCCAGCCACAUCCGCGUGGGCAGCGACCUCCUGAAGCGCUUCAGCAUCCGCAUGUUCAGCCUGAUCGUGUUCCGAGCGCAGGGGAGGGACUCGGGCCAUUACCUGUGCGGCACCAAGGAAGGGCUCUUCUUCUACGGCUACGACGUGGACGUGCAGCCCACCAGGCAGAUCACGGUGGCUUUCCUGGAUAAGGACCAGCACGUCCAGGAGGACUACACAGGGAAGGAUUUCACCCUGUUCACCAUGUUCUGGGACUGGACCAGCUGCGACCGCUGCGGCGUGCGGGGCGAGCAGCGGCGCAUCGGGCUCUGCUACGUGCAGAGCGCCGAGCUGAAGCCCCGCUACCGCACAACCCUCCCCAACGUCACCUCCUGCGGCUCCAGGGCUGUGCCCGCACGCUUCGGGAGCCUCAUCCACCUCCGGAACCCCGAGGUGGCCAUCAGGAGCUGCCUGGCCUCCUGCUCGGAGAAGGAAGCCCCCGAGGAGGGCGUGCAGUCCAUCUCCAACAUCAUUUACAAGCUGGGCAAGAGACCCGAGCUGCCCCACGUCCCCAUCCAGUACCACAACCAGCUCCCCAAAACUGACCUGGUGAUCUCGUGCCCGGGAGCGCGGCCGGAGCACGCCGUGGCCUGGGACAAGGGCUCCAUGCGCCUCUACCGCUCCUACUACCUGCUGGGGGUCAGGAAGAACAUGAGGCUCUUCAUCGACCACGGGAACCACCUGCACAUCCAGCGGGUGCACAGCAAGGACAAAGCCACCUACUUCUGCUGGAGGGAGGGCGAGCUGGUGGCCGGCUUCCAGCUCAGCAUCAUCUUCCAGCCCCGGCACCAGCGGAGCCCCAGAGACCCCGAGUCGAUCUUCGUCAUGAGGGCCGUGGGCAUCAGCUUUGCCAUCGUCAUCGGCAUCUUCUUCCUCGUCCACUUGUCCUGCUACAUCUCUCAGGUGUUCAGGAAAGCGGCCAAGCCAUAG